GGAAGCGGGAGGGGAAGGGAGUGAAGCCCGAGGCCCGGCUCCGUGAUGGCGGCCCCGCGGACUGUUGCUGUUUUCGGCGCUUUCGGAAAUCAAGGUGGAUCAGUGGCGAUGGCCCUAUUGAAGGAUGGCUCGUUCAAGGUGAGAGCUAUUACGAGGAACCCAAGAAAAAAAGCAGUUCAAGAAUUGAAACGUCUUGGAGCUGAGAUUGUAAAAGCUGACCUGGACAAUGAAAAGAGCCUGUUGGAAGCACUGAAAGACGUAUAUGGAGUCUUCUUAGUCACAGAUUACUGGGAGUAUAUGGACAAAGAUAGAGAAGUACAGCAGGUUCUUGCAUCAGAAAUCCAGGCCCUUAUGCUCCCGCUGCGUGAUGCCAAUUUCAUCAGGUACCCAGUUUCAGCUGCAUUUAGGUCAGGGGGCAAACUACAGAAGCUCUCUCACAUGCUGAGUGUUUCCAGCAUGUUUAGAUUUUUAGGACCUGCAGAACUUUGCUAA